CUCUCUCCUCUCUCUCCUCUCUCUCUCUCCCGCUCCUGUGUGACAGUCACUGCUUCGUGCUCAAAUCCCAAACUGGAAACCCUAAAUUGCCCAACCUCUCUCUCUCUCUCUCUGCAAUUCCUCCAUUUCCGAUGGCCUCCAAGACCCCCGACGAGCCUUGCAUCUCCGAGACCGAGGUCGAGACAAUAGCCAUGAGAAUCAAGAGGAAACGCUCCCGGCGCGUGAGCUUCGCCGACACUGAGAUCACCUCCGUCCACAUAUUCAACCGCGACGACGAGGACUCCGACAACGCUCCCGACUCCGAACUCCAGUCCAGCUCUCUAAACGACUCCGCCGAGCCGGAUAAUGGUGCCGUAGGGUUUUUCAAGGAUGUCGGCGGCGAAAGCGACGAUUUCAAGGAUUCCGAUGACGACGAGGACGACGACGGAGUCGAUGGGAGGAAGUCGUUUUUGAGACCGCUCGGUUCGCCUUCUCCGAUGAGUAGCGUUCCUGGCUCUGCUACCUCCAACAACGAAGAAGAUUUCUUUGGUCCUGUAUCAGCAGAUUUCAUUAGACCCGGACUAUCUGACUCUGCAGCCUCAGAUAGCUUUCAUGAAACUACAAUGGACACCACCGCGUUUUCAUUGCAUUAUCGUAGUCUUGCAAGGUCAGACUUUGGAGGAGAUCUCAAGACCCCAACAUCUUUUCGCCUUGCCUUUGAAGAGAAGACACCAACCCCUAACCCCAGUGAUUCAGGAAGUCUUAUGUCUCUAACGAAACCAAAGAAUCUAACUCCUCAGUCUUCGGUUCCUGUUGAUAAGGUCAGAGGCGGUGAAGAUUCGAAUGACAUGAGUAUUAUAGAAGAGAACCCACAUAGGUAUGAUUAUGGAAGACUAUCUCCUAAAUUAGAUGCACUUUUGGCAGAAGGUAGCAAGGAUCUGCAUGCUGACUCAAUUACUGCCUCUAUUAGCAAAAUGCCAUCCAAGAGAAGUGAGGUUACUGUGUUGGAAAAAAAUGGAAUUGGCCACAUGGAUCUAAGAGAUGGUAGGAGUACUGAAAUGGGCAAUUUUGGCACUCAUGAGAUGUCCACUGACCCAGCAUCUAUUUCUCGUAUCAAGUUGAGUGAGGCAAUUGGUCUGGUUGCUGGUGACUCCAUUGACGACCAAAUCCGGACUCCAAAUCAGUUAAUGAAGGUCAGUAACGAACUCACUAAAGAUCUAUUUCAAAAGGGUAUGGAGAGUUUAGAGUUACCUGCUGCGAAUGGAGACCUUGUAGCAAAUGUCAAUAGUAAAGCAACUAAAGCUCUAGAAAAUUCUCCCAAGGACAGAAGAUAUAAUACUAAUAUUGAUCCUCAUUCUGAUAAGGAGGGGUCCAGAUUCAUGUUAUCUGCUAGAGGACAGCAGUCAAUUAUGAAUACUCCUAAUUUAGCAAGACAUUCAGGGACAGUAACUCCUUCCUCAAAACAUAAAGAUUGGUAUCCAGCAAUUCAGAAAAGCAUUUCCAGGUUAAGAAUUCCAGAGCCUUCUCCCCGUGCUUCUAGUCUCAAAGAUGGAAUUGAGAAAUUAAGAUGUAGAUUGUCAAGUCACUCAUCCCCAAAUGCUCCUUUAAGUACUGUUAUGGCUGACAUUAGCAAAGAUCUACAACGUGACUUUAACAAAUCUCCUACUGCUUUUUUGGAGAAGCAAGUAGGUGAUCUGGAUAAGGGGGGACAGAAGUGUUUGGUUAACACAGGUACACAUGACAAUGAGAACCCAGUUAACAUCCGUAAGUUGGGGAAGGAUGAAAAUUCCACAGACACUGCAAAAGAUGAAGCAUCUCUGAACACGUUUGCAGACAUUCUUUUGAAGGAUAAACUUGACAGACCAAUAGAAGAAGUGGCUCCACCCUCUCAGCUGUCAGUAUCUGGAAGUGAAAUGACCCAGCAUCUCUUGAUGUCAGAAAAUAACACAAAGGGAACAAUGGUUUCUUCUGGAACUGAUUGCCUAUUGGCAGAUGAGCGAGAAGAGAAUCUUCCCCAUGUGCAACUUCAAUCAGAAAAUAACUUCGAAACUCCUUUAAGUGGUGCAGGCAUUCUGAACAUUCAAUUGCAAAGUCCAGAUAAAAGAUUUCAACCUGGACUAGAACCCCAGUCUAAACCAUAUGUCUCAAGAAGUAUGACUGAACCAUCCCUUCAGUGCCCUCCCCCUAAAGACUCAGCUCUGAGCAACUCCAUGGAAGGGCCAUCUAAGAGUCCACCCAGGAAAAGGCAAACUCCAAGUCCUCCCUUGAGAAAUACCCCUUGGAGUCCCCUCAGGGAAGAGCCAAGUCAGAGUCCCUGCAGGAAAGAAACAGCUAGGAGUCCUUCCAGGAAAAAGCUUACUGAGAGUCUUUCUUGGAAAGAGACAAUUCAGCCGUUCAUAGAAGAGCUUAUUGGUAGUCCCAUAGAGAAAGAGCCGAACCAUAGUCUCUUUCUGAAAGAGCUAACACUAAGCCCCUUCAGGCCAUCUUAUGCAGAACACAUAGAUAAUAUGGGACCUGUUGGGAAAGACAUGGUAUCUUCUGAGUUAAAUUCAAAUAAUCAUCCUAAUGAUGAUUGUUAUCAGGGACUACAUAUUUCACAGAGUCUUCUAACCAAACAAGAUGCAGAUAAUUCUUUUGGACGUAAAAGAAGAAACCUAGGCAUAACUCUCCAGGAUGGAGACUGUACAGAUAAGAUCCCCGACAGCCAGAGAAGUUCUAAAAUUCAUAGAAGUGAGAACUAUGAUCUCCAGUUCAUGUUGGGUCAUGCAAGUACACUUCACAGUGACAGAGAGAAGUAUGGCGGUGAAUUGGGUGGUGGUGCAAUUUGGGAGAGCUGGACUGAUAUUCUAGUCAAAUUCUCAGGAGAUUCGGAACAGUUGCUUUCUCCAUUGACAAGCAACCUAAAUUUAAAAGCGAUUGGGGUGCUGGAAGAUAUCUUGAUACAUCUAUUGAAGGCUAAAAAGUAUGAGACGCUCUGUGCUGAAAUCAAAUCUCAGAAGGUCAACUGCAUCAGUGCUGGGCAUAAAAGGGUAGCUGAAGCAAGGUUGCUGCUUUAUAGAUUAGCGAAUGAAAAGGCAAAGUUGCAGUUAAUGCAUUUGAAGCACCAGAAAUUACAGAGUAGGGUGCAGCUCUUAAGCUCUGCAGUUCAGGAGUCUCAAAUGCUGAAGUUGAACUUCAUCCAGUGUCAGUCCGAAGCUGGUAAAGGAGAGACUCUUGUUGAUGAGAGUCGGUCAUGUUUAGUUAAUCAUGUGGGUGAACAAGAGGCUUCCUGUGAUAAUGUGAGCACAAUGAGACAAGAGCUUAGAGCUUCAGAUGAGAAAAUAAAAAGUUUAAGCAAAUUUUUUCACUCUCAUAUCAAGUUCAAAGGAGAACCAAGUUAUGCCAACACUAUUGCACUAGUUCAUGAUCAUCUGAAGACAAGAACAUUCUGCAGGUUAAUACGUCAGGAGUUACAGUCAUGGGAUGUUGAUGAAUUUGAGAUUAAGAAUGGUCAUUACAACAUUAUUCUCAGCUAUCAUGGUUACAUCAUUCAAAGGUUUUCUGGUAAUAUGGGUCCAACAUCAUGCAUAGUCAUCUCAAAAAAGUUGAAUAAUGUAAAGAUCAUGAAGGCCUUCCCGAACAUAGAUGCCCUAGUUGCAUUUGAUUUUGUGCUAGAUGCUGAGGCCACCAGAGAAAUGUUUGAUUCAAGAUGUUUGGCGGAAGAAACACAAGUUACCCGUUCACAGCUAUGUAAUCUGCUAGACGUGGCUGAGGAAGUGCAGCUGGCUCGAUUUGAGAUUGUAAAUUUGAUCCAGACAAGCUUUCAUACUCCAUCCGAUGAUCAGCUUGAUCUGCAGCUUUGUUUCCUUAAUUGUAAGAGCAGUAGAAAGGUCACACUGUCUCUCGAUAUGACAUGUUUGAAGAGGGGGGUUUAUCCUUCAGAGAUCCUUCCAUAUCAGAUACAGGCUUUUGAAUCUGCAGCACGAGUGUUGCUUCCACAGUCGCUCUUAACUGAAAUAAGAGCUGCGGCAGAGGGUCUUGAACCUGGAUCCACAAGGAUAAUGAGGCUCUGUAAAUGUAUUUCCCAGGUGGUAUAAUCUUCACACUGGAAUUUUCUGGUUUCUUUUUCAGUCAGUUUAGUCCCACGUGAUUUCCUAAGAGGGGGCCAAAGGUGGCACCAACAAAGAGUUGGACUUUUUCGAUUGCUUUCCCGGCCAUCUUUUUCUUUUUGGAUAGUGAGGUGUCCUAAUUGCUCUUGUAUAUUUAGCUGAAGAUAUUUUGGUAACCCUGUAGCUGAGUCCUCUUCGUAAUUAGAUUCUGUUGCCGGAGCUACGAACUAAUUUCAUCAUGGUGCGCCUGAUGCAAGAUCUAGGGGAUUUGCUAUUCCCCUCUUUGUUGUAAAGUUGGACAAUUAUGACUGAUGUUAUGAGUAGCUAUUCAAUCAUUUUUCUUAUUAGUCUGCCAUAAAAUUUAUUUUCAGCGCAAACUAUCAAUUCCUUCCUAAUU